AUGGAACAAAUCGCAGCUAUUGGGAUCGUGGUCAGAGACCAUAACGGAUUGGUGACAGGUGGUAUAUGCAAACAAAUUAAGCAACCUUUCACAGCAGAAUCAACUGAGGUAGAAGCAUUCACACAAAGAAUCAAAUUUACCGUGGAGAAUGGUUGGACAAAUGCCACUAUUGAAGGGGAUGCGAUCUCGAUUGUGAACAUGCUCGUCAAUAAUAAAGAGGACGCUUCAACCAUUGAUUUACUUCUUACUGAUACCCGCUUGAUGUUGAACGCUAACAAAGACCUCAAAGUGUUUUAUGUCAAUCGCGAUGCUAAUUGGGCAGCCCAUACGCUUGCUCAUUGGGUUUUUUGUCCAAAUCCGGUCUUCUACUCUCUCUCUCUCUCUCUCUUGCAUGUGCGGAGCAUUGCAAAUUUAUUCAUUUCUUAUGUACAUUAA